AUGGAGCAGAAGUAUGGCGUGGAACGCUUUACACGCCCUUCUUUCACAAACGACACACGAAAAGUCAACUUCCCUGAUGGCCGUCCUGUCGAAGAUGCGCAUGAGUGCCUGCCGUCACUAUCUACCAAGAAAGUUGCUGUUCUCGUCGAGAUGCGCACGCACUUGGACUGGGUCUAUCAUGUCAUGCACUUCAUUCGUACGCUAGAUGAUGACUGGCCGUUUGUCAUCUACCAUUCGAAUCACAACGAACAAAUGCUGCGCAGCAAUGCUGAAUUACAGCCGCACAUCCAGUCCGGCAAAGUGCAGCUGCAUCUUCUCAAAACCAUAUUUUCGUCAGGUCAUUCAGUGUCGCAGUUUCUGACACAUACGCCUUUUUGGGAUGCGUUGGCACCGGCCGAUCACAUCCUUAUAUACCAGAUCGAUUCCACGCUCUGCGCAUCAUCGCCUCACAAGAUUGAAGAUUUUUUCAAGUACGACUAUGUGGGCGCACCCUUGGACUUUUCCGAUGAUAUCGAAAUGCCGUUCAAUGGUGGCUUCAGUUUACGAAACAGGACAGCAAUGAUACACGUCAUCAAUCAUGAGCGACCCUUCGAGCAUCCGGAUAACAAAAUAGUCUGGGAGGACAGAUGGUACAGUUCGGUCAUGGCAAGGUCAUCCUAUCCAUACAGGCUGCCUCGAGGAUCAGUAGCAGCAACCUUUGCGGUCGAAAUUCGCUUUUACCCACGUCCUGCUGGCAUUCACAGACCUAAAGCUUCUUUGACACGCUUUAGUGGCGAGGAUUCACUAGAAAAGCUCCUGCGCAAUUGUCCAGAAGGCAAGCUUAUGCCAGAUGAUUUGGGUGGUGACUUUUGA